AUGGAUGAGGGGGCACACUGUCUCGUAGACAUCUCUAAUAAGCCACGCCAAGCCCCACCAGCUGUCCACAAACGCGACAGCGGCCGAGGUCGUCCCAGCUCAAGCCGUCAGCUGACCCUCGAACCGGUUCCUCGAGGGGAUACAGAAUAUUAUGACACGGGGUUAGAUGAUUUGCAACGUAACAUCGCCAAUUUAGAGAGGACUCUGCAAAGCACAGAUACCGUUAUUGACAUGGAGGCUGAUGUUGAUGAUGAUUUGUCGCGCACGCGCAAGAUUAAAGCGGCUGGGAAGCGGUUCCUGAGACGGGGAUUAUCCGUGGGUAAUGAAAAAGUAGCAGUUCGGGAACGUAACACCAAGCGCACGUCGACAUUUAAGUCUGUCAAGAGUUUUAUGCGCAUCGGAAAAAACCGUCUUCAAGACAGUAGCGGUGAUGAGGAGCAAGGCCUUCUCGAUCUAGCAGGGCCAUCUAGCGAGCCCGAGGGAAACUAUAGUCACAACUCAAUUUCCUCUGAAGAUAUCCUUGUCGAUCUCCAUUCACCUGUCGAAACGCCCAGGACAAAGAAAAUGCGAGUGGCGCUGGAUAUGGCCGGUCCAUCUGCGUUAAAAGCGGCCGAUUUCCAAAUCUGCAUCACUGUUAUAGAAGCUCGGCAGCUCGCUGGUUUAAAUAUGGAUCCAGUUGUCUGCGUACAAGUUGGAGACCAGCGCAAGUACACCAGCGUUAAGGAAAGCACCAAUUGUCCUUAUUACAAUGAGUACUUCGUGUUCGACUUUCACAUGCCACCGAUCAUGCUCUUCGACAAGAUAAUCACACUCUCCGUACUGCACUCGAGGAACUUUCUUCGCGCUAACAAGCUGCUUGGUAAUUUCAAGCUAGACGUCGCGACAGUUUGGAAUCAAACAGAUCGCCAGUUCUACCACAAAUGGGCCCUGCUCACCGACCCCGAUGACGUCACAGCUGGGCCGAAAGGCUACCUAAAGUGCGACAUAAGCGUUAUUGGGAAAGGUGACCAAGUCAAAAUACCACCGAAGAGUGAAAAGGACGAAGACGAUAUUGAAGCGAACUUAUUACUUCCGGACGGCGUACCCAUUGAACGCCAAAGAGCGAGAUUCAUUAUCAAAAUAUACAAAGCGGACGGCUUACCCAAAAUGGACUCUUCCAUUCUUGCGAACAUAAAAAGCGCUUUCACUGGGGAGAGUCAAGAUAUAAUUGAUCCCUAUGUCCAAGUUUGCUUCGCGGGAAUGACUGGAAGAACGUCGGUGCAAAAGAAUUGCUGUGCUCCGGUUUGGAACGAACAAAUUGUGUUCACGGAGAUGUUUCCACCUCUCUGCCAGCGCAUUAAGAUACAACUGAGAGAUAACGUUCCAAUACACCCGAGUAUAAUUGCAACACAUUUUAUCGAUUUGAACACGAUUUCACACGACGGAGAAAGAGGUUUCCUGCCAACAUUUGGACCAGCGUACAUUUAUAUGUAUGGUUCUACUCGUGACUGUGCACUUUUGGACCAAUCUUCUAAUUUAAAUAAGGGCAUGGGCGAAGGAGUGUCGUACAGAGCCAGGAUUUUAAUAUCGAUCCGAACUGAGAUCAUCGAUAACUUCGAAACGCCAUCAUCGGAGGUAGAAGUGGAGCCCAUAAUGCCAAUAAACGAGUUCACGUUCGAGAAACACGAGGAGUUUUUCCUUUUCGCGAGCAUCUUUGAUGUGAAUAUGAUAGACAAAGGUCUGGUAGAUAAACCCAUACACUUUGAACUCAGUAUUGGAAAUGCUGGCAACUCUUUGGAUGGGCCGCAUGCUUCAAUGCGUAGACCGCAGGAUUUGGCUGUCGAGUCAUUAGACGAGCUCAACGCAGACACUGGAUAUUGGCAGAGCACAACCCAGGAUAUGAAGGCACAAAAUACAGAUAGAUAUUAUUAUUUCUUACCCUACUGGGACACGAAACAAUGCAUGCACGUCCGAAGCAUUUGGCCCGACCAUCGCCGAAGAUUAUACAACUCGAACAUGCUGAGUUAUAUAAUUGAUAUAUUGGAGGAUGGAAUCACUGAUGCAGAAACGGCGUUACGUACGAACGGCUGUCUGGAGAAUACAGCGCUGGCUUCUUUGAAAUCCGUUAUGGAAACUGUUACGAUUCAUUGCGCGAAAUAUAUUGAGUACAUGAACAACAGUUCUCCAAUCGGAAACACUAAGUUAGACCGAGAAAGGCAGAAGUUGUGCAUUUACGAAAUAGAACAACUCGCAAGUUUAGCUCGUACGCUGAAAGCAGUCAUAACAAGACAUUCUGUAAAGGAUCGUCUGAAAACAACAUUCGCUUAUAUAAAUCGUCUGAGAUAUAUUUGUGAAGACUCUCAACAUGCCAUGCCCGAUAUAUUUAUCUGGAUGAUCAGCAACGGGAAGCGGAUAGCUUAUCAGCGCAUUCCGGCAAGGGAUAUUAUUUAUUCCGACAGACCAGAUGAGAUUGGCCGACUUUGUGGCAAAAUGCAAACUUUGUUUCUAAAGUGGCCGGGGAAAAAGGCUUCAACCCCUAGUGGUUGGACGGUUCCCGCAAAAAUCGAAGUUUACUUAUGGCUCGGUGUUCUACAAGACAAAAAACAUUUUAUGGAUGGGUUGCCGCACGGUUAUUCAACAAGUACCGAAAUCAAAAACGUGGAAAGACCACGAGCCAAUCCCCCUUCGACGAUAUUUUAUUCUGAGAGACAUAAAUUUCAAAUGCGGGCGUAUAUCUACCAAGCAAGAUCCUUGAUAGGCUCCGAUUCUUCGGGGUUGUCGGAUCCUUUUGCAAGGGUAGUUAUAGGAGAUUGCUCAGCGACGACGCAAGUGAUCGAUGAGACUCUUAGCCCAACUUGGGACGAAUUACUCGUGUUCGACGAUGUGCUACUUUACAGCACUAUCGAUCAAAUAAAGAAAGACCCACCAACUAUAGCAAUUGAAAUUUUUGACCAAGAUAAAGUAGGAAAAUCAGAAUUCAUAGGGCGCGCUAUAGCUAGACCCCAUAUUAAAUCUCUUUACGACAAAUACGAAAAACCUGACUUUCCCCCGCGCUUGGAGUGGUAUAAUGUGUUUCGUGGUGGUGAAAGCGCUGGAGAGCUUCUAGCAACGUUUGAACUUCUUGAGGUGCCUUUGAAACAGGGUACUCCAGAUUUGCCAGACCUUCCAGAGCCCAGAGAUCCCAAUGGGAAACCACCGAUCGAUGCAAACAAGGGCCCAAUUUUACCCGUACCCGUUGGAAUUCGUCCGACGCUCUCUCGCUAUCGGAUAGAAAUAUUAUUCUGGGGUUUACGAAAUCUAAAACGAGUACAUUUGCUGUCUGUCGAUAAGCCGAGAGUUGACAUCGAAUGCGCUGGCCACAUAAUAUAUUCAUCCAUAAUACAAAACAGCAAAAGGAAUCCCAAUUUCUCUAAUCCUGUCAAGUAUAUAGACGUAGAACUUCCGGACCAGGAUCUUUAUCGACCACCAUUAACGAUUCGUGUAUUAGAUUGCCGCAGUUUUGGCAGAGUUACCCUUGUAGGAACCCACACCAUCAAUUCAAUACAUAAGUAUAUGUAUACACCUAUGAGCAAACGUGAGAGAGAGCUUGAAGAUCGAAAGCGAUCAUUGAUUCAAUUACAAAAUGUUGAUUUACAUGCAAACCGUAUUGUCCAAGAUGACAUUAUUAUGACCACGGAUGAAAGGGAAAAUUGCCCACUGAUAAUACCAGACUUUCAACUCGUGGCUUACGGAUCCAAUGCCACUUCGCCAAUGCGCAAAAAAGGCCCAGGAUAUGCAAAACGAGAACUUAGUAGAAAAAGAAAACCUAGUUCCGAAUCAACGACCGAUGAAGAUGACAGUAGUAAGGAUUGGUGGACAAAGUAUUUCGCAUCAGUAGAGCGCAUGAUAGAGGAAGAAAAGGAGAAUAAGAAAGAAAGGCAAGGACUGUUGCAGCCCUGUCAUUUAAAUUUCAUUGACGAGACACUAUCUCCUCACGAAGAAGCACAUUCGCCUCGAUCAGAGCGUGGUGCAAGACGACGUCGAACUGCCUCGCCUAAACCAAAGUUGAGUCCGACAAUAAUGAGCAGCAGUGAGAUUCCUGUAUCAACCUUGACUAAGAUAUUCCCCCACGAGCUUGAAACUGUGCCUGAAUAUGAAGAAUUUAAAGACUGGCUACACUCUUUUGAUCUGUACCGUGGUAAAAAAACUGGUGACGAUUCAGAGGACGAAAGUCGCGUCGUUGGAACAUUUAAGGGCGCCCUUAAAGUGUAUAAAUGGCCGUUAUCAAAGGAUAUUGAUGAUCAUAAUUUAAUGGGAUUUGAUCCUAAUAACGGCUUCUUUCAAGGAGUACCGAGUAACGAACCAAUACACGUCCUAAUAAGAGUAUACAUAGUGAAGGCUACUGAUCUACAUCCUAUGGACUUUAAUGGGAAAGCUGAUCCAUAUAUUGUUUUACAUCUUGGGUCGAGGAAAAUAAGUGACAAGGAGCAUUACCAAUCGAAACAACUGAAUCCCGUAUUUGGCCGUUGUUUUGAAACCGAAGCAACGUUUCCACAUGAUUCCAUGCUAACGAUUCAAGUGCUCGAUUGGGACUUAUUAGGGAAGGACGAUUUAAUUGGUGAAACAAAAAUCGAUUUGGAGAAUAGAUUUUAUAGCCGGCACCGAGCCACAUGCGGCCUACCAACGAAAUACGAAGAAGAGGGGUACAAUCGAUGGCGUGACGCAAUGAAGCCGACGCAAAUAUUGGCCAAGCUAUGCAAAGAUAUCAAAAUUGAUCCACCCGUGUAUGAAUAUGGCCGCGUCAGAGUUGGUCGCACAAUAUUCAAUAUGUCUAUGGACGAUCCAGAAUUAUUUACUAACCCGGAGACAGUUCAAGAGCAAAUGGCUCUCAACGUGUUGAGGCGUUGGCAUGAGGUUCCCCGUUUGGGGACCCAUCUUGUUAUAGAGCAUGUUGAAACGCGACCACUUUAUAAUCCUAAUAAACCGGGUGUCGAACAAGGCCGCCUAGAAAUGUGGGUAGACAUGUUCCCAAUGGACAUGCCUCUUCCUGGACAAUCUGUGGAUAUAGCGCCAAGGAAGCCGAAAUCGUAUGAAAUGAGAGUUAUUAUAUGGAAUACCGAUGACGUGGUUCUUGAAGACGAUGCAUUUUUCACUGGUGAAAAAAUGUCCGACAUCUAUGUUAAAGGGUGGUUGAAAGGUCCGGACGAUUGUCAAAGUACGGAUAUUCACUACCGCUCCCUAACUGGUGAAGGCAAUUUUAACUGGCGCUUUGUAUAUCCAUUUGAGUACUUGGAAGCAGAAGAACGUAUAGUUAUAUCACGGAAGGAGUCCUUGUUUUCUUGGGAUGAAACCGAGUGUAAGAUUCCAGCUCGACUUGAGCUACAAGUUUGGGAUGCUGAUCACUUCUCUGCUGAUGACUUUUUAGGAGCCCUGACAUUGGACCUGAAUCGUUUCCCUCGCGGUGCCAAAUCAUCUAAGCUUUGUACAUUGGAUAUGUUACGAAGCGAUGGCUCUGUACCGAUGGUAAACAUAUUCAAGCAGAAACGUAUAAAAGGCUGGUGGCCUUUUUAUACCAAACGUGAUAAUGAAGAAAUGGAGCUCACUGGAAAAGUUGAAGCAGAGAUACACUUGCUUACACGCGAAGAAGCUGAGAAGGUGCCAGCAGGACUUGGCCGCAAUGAACCUGAUCCGUUGGACAAACCGAAUCGCCCAGACGCAUCAUUCAUGUGGUUUUUGAAUCCACUCAAAUCUCUUCGGUAUAUUUUAUGGCAUAACUACAAGUGGACCAUCAUAAAAGCAGCGUUCAUUAUCGGAGUUGCUUCCAUGAUCUUACUUCUUGUAUAUGCAGUACCUGGAUACACCGUCAAGAAGUUCCUCGGCGCCUAA